UAUAGGUAUGUGAUUUAGACAUCACCAGUAGAUCUAAUAAAAUCGAAUUCAAAUCAAUGUAAGGUACAAAUUUUCUCCAUAUUUCACUCUAGCCAGUAAGUUGACGUAGAAAAGUUCAGCCAGCAGAAGAUAUGGCUAAAGAUCCACCAUCAUUAGAUGUAGAUAAUCUUCGUGAUGAGUUUGAAAGCAGCACUGAAUGGAAUAUUAGAAGGAAAUUUCUAUUAUCUAACUUUGACAGUCUGAGUCUUGAUAGGCUUCUUUGCCUUUCUCGCUGUCUUGUAAAUGUUGCAGUAUAUGGAUGUUCAUAUCCACUGGAAGUAAUGAAAGAGCUCAGUGAAAGAAGUGCUGGUAUUUUAGAAGAGGUGGAGAAGGAAAAAUCAGCAGCAAGAAAAGAAAAUUAUUCUGCAUCAUUUAUUAAAGCUUCUGGUAAUAAAAACAAUGCAGUGGCUCACAACAGUGGCAGUAGGAAGCGUAAAGGUAAAGCUUAUUCAAGCAAAGAAAUACAGUUUGUCAAGGCCUCUGAGAGUCUCAGCCCAGACAAUCAGAAACUAGAAACAAGAGAUUCUACAGAUAAUAAGAUGACAGUGCUAGAAAGGGUUGACAAUCCUGGGGGCAGUGGUAGCUGGGAGGAACCUUUAUUACUUUCUUCACAAGUUUUGUCUGAUCAUGUUGGUGACACAGCAGCUGCAUCAGUUCCAGCACAAGACAUUGAACAGCUUAAAACUGAUGUGGCUGUCUCGUCCAGCAAAACUUCCAAAGUAUCAAAUGCACAACCACUCUUUUCCAAGGAGGAAUACUUUGCUGCUUGGAAAGCGGAAAAAGAUGUUAAUCUCAUUAAAUUUCGAAAGUUGGCCUAUGAAGUUAUGGCUUUGGAAAACCUGUGCUAUGGUGACGUAGAUAGAUUGAACUCAGCAGUGAAGAAAGUUCCCCUGGUAAUAAAAAGCAUCAAACCACGUACAGGAUCCAAGAAGCAGAAAACCAAGGAUCCUGUUAUUUGUCAUGUUUUUCUUAACGACAUAAAGAUAGCUUCAGGUGAAGGAUUUGGUGCCAGGUGUCAUGCUUAUGAGGCUGCCUUGCAAAAGAUUUUUAUGCCUUACCUUCGUCUAGUCAACCUUGAUGAUCCAUCGAGUGCUGAACUGCAUGCAUCAGUAACACCUUUUUCCCCUGACUCACAGAAAGUUGACACACUGUCCCCAACUUUUAACUCAGAGAAAGUAGAAACAAAUACUGCAAAGAAGCGACAAGAGGAUUCUACAAAUAAUGAAGACGACAACCUAAAUUAUUUUAGGGAGUUCAAGCCAAUAGAAGAUUUUGUAAUUGUUGAACCACUGAUGCCUGACACAGAAAAUCGACCUACUUGCACUCUAGGAAGAAGUGCUUCAUUUAAUCAGAUGAUUGUAGAGUAUGACUAUUUGUCCUGUGAUGAUGGUGAUUUUCGAUGCAUACUGAAAAUAGAGGGUAAAGUUUUGGCUGACAUGAAAGGAGUAACGAAGCCUGAUGCUAAAAAUGAGGCUGCGGCUGAAGGGUUGAAAAGAUUAAGACAAAUGUGCUGGACUAUUAAAAUAAAAAAGGUGAUAGACUCAGAUUUUACAGUUACCAAAGAGGAAAUAUUGAGCCAUAUCAAUGAGCAGUCAAAUGUCAUCUAUAAUGACAAUACUAACAUUGGAAAUAAGAUGCUUAGAAAAAUGGGUUGGUCAGGAGGUGGUGUUGGCAAAGAUAGGUCUGGUAUUUCAGAACCUAUAAUGCUGACCAGUGUGUUUAACAGACAGGGUUUUGGUCUUGAUACAGGUAAUGGAGUCACUGGUGAGUUUCGAAAGCGAGUAAGGGAAGUUAUUCAGAACUAUGCUGCAUCCAGCGACCAGGAAGACCUUUUGUUUUCAAAUGAAUUUAGCUCAGAGCAGAGUAAAGUGAUACAUGGCAUAUCCAAGGAGCUAAAACUGAAGUGUAAAAGCAGGGGCAAAGGUCAGGAGAGGUACCUUUGUAUCCACAGAAAGAGAACAUCCGAUCAGCUUAUUUCUCACAUCAUGUCCUGUGGUGGUGAGACGGCUAAAUAUAAACUGGUCCCUCCUGGUGAAAAUCUUAGUGCUUAGCAAGUUUGCAAAAUAAGUAAUGUAAGCAAGUCAACCUGCUCAGUUUUUUCUUUAACUUGCUAAUUUGCUAGCUCUCUGAGACUUUAUUUUUUGGGAUGAGCAUGCUUAUACUAGUACUACUAACAGUUUUAUUAACAUUAAUACAUUACUAUUUAAAUUUACAUUGUAGAGUUAAGAAAACCACUUAAAAUAAUCAUGAACUAAACAAGUGGUUUAAUACAGAGAUACUAGUAACUAGGUAAUGUUAAUUGUGGUAUAUUGGGUGAAGCCGCCACACACACACACACCCCCCCUUCCCAAAAAAAAGCAUUUUAUAAAUAGUGUUUGAAUUUUUAAUGUUUUUAUUGUAUUUGUUAUUCAUUUCAAGUGAAGUCAUUUCCAUGUGAAUAUUGUAAGCUAGGAUGUUUUUAUUUAAAUUAAGUGUCAGAUGAUCAAAUCUGGAAUGCAGACAUUCUAAAUAAUCCAGGUGGCUUAUAUUUUUUAACGUGGAUAUAUCUUUUUUUUUUUUUUUUUU